GAGGGGAAAAAAGUUCAAUUUUUUUAGUAUACCCCUCAAGUACAUAUUUCGGAAUUUAAUAUUUUUUAAUGUUUUUAUAGAUUUAGUUCUUAAACACUAAACAUAUAAUAAAAUGGAUAGCAAUAAAUUUGACCUGUUAUUUGUGGCAGAGAAAUUCAAAAACUCUUUGAAUCAUGAGGAUGAUGUUCUCAUUAAUUUUUAUUUAGAAGCUUUUCGAGAAAUUCUCAAGUUUUUCCAACUGAUGGGCUCAAUAUUCGGAUUUGUAUCUUCUGAUGUCAAAUCUAAGAUUGAAAUUCUAGAGGCAUUUCAAUUAAAUAAUGAAAAAAAUGAACAUUUUCAGUCAGUCAAAAAGAUGAUUACUUACGAACAAGAUGAAGAUCUGUUAUACAAGAAAGAUUAUGUUUCAGGAUGUAGAACUUUACUUAGACUUCAUCGAGGAUUAGAUUUUGUAAGAAACUUUUUAAAGAAGCUGGAAACACUGUCUGGAAGUGAAAAAGCUGAUAAAGUAUGUUCUCAAAGUUAUAACGAGACUUUGGCGAAUUUUCAUCCUUUUUUCAUAAGGAAAGCAGCUGCCCUUGCCAUCUAUGCGAUACCAACGCGAGAUCAACUAUUACAAAAAGUUUGCUCAGAUGUCGCGUUGGCAAUUCAAUCUUUACCUGAAAUGUUACAAGUUACUGAUGUUGUCUACAACAGAAUCAAUGAACUUUAUAGUUGUUAUAAUCUUCAUGAACUUCCAUAGAUCUGUAUUCUCAAACUACUUAAUUAAUCCUCUUCAUAUUCCAAAAAUUCAAUACAUUAGAAUUUAUACCAAAUCUUUUUGCUCAAUAUUUCAUCAUUUAUUGAAAUUGUAAAAUUGUUUUAUCAUUUAUUCUAGCUGAUAUGCUUCAAAUACGAAUAAGAUAUCUAAGCAAAAAAAAAUAAAUUAUUUACCUAUAAAGAAUUCCCAUUGUCAUUUAUUAAAAUAUUUUAGGAUUUUAUUUUCAGUAAAAUCUUCUAAUGAGUUGAAACCAGAGUUUCUGGUAUAUUAUGCAUGGCACAAAUUUUUGCUGUUUAUACUACUUAUGCUAUGAAUUGUUCGUAAAGGAUUGCUUACAGUUACGUUUACCAAAACAUCUAGUUGGAUUUCAAGUGCAACGCCCAAAUGUGAUACAUCAUAAAAAGCAUACGAAAACAAGUAAUUAAUAAGAAUAGAAAAAUGCGUGCAUUGCACCUCAACUUUAAAUUAAAAAGCGGUCAUGUGUUUAGAGUGGAGAUGAUCAUUUUAUAUGCAUUUAAAAGCAAAUAGAUAAAGUGAUCCACUUCUUGCAUUAUCAGCGUUAUCAAUUUAACGUUUUGACUAAGUAUAAUUAAUAAAAUAUCUUAACAAAGAGAUAAAUAAAAAAGUGGAAAAUGUUAAAAAUAAAAUAACAACCGAGAAAAGAACUCACCAAAUUUUUUCAAAAACAGGGACUCAUUUCGGG